CUCCAGGACCAGGUUUGGGAACCACUCGUUUAGCGGCGUCUUUGCAGCGCUCUCUAGCGGACGCGCGUGUCAGUGCGCAGGCGCGCGGCCAGGAACGAGGCUCUGCCCCCUUUCCACCAGCCAGAGCCGCAUUCCAGCCCGUUCAUUACGGCGGGGAGCCGAGCUAGCACGCGCUCACCACAGCGGAUACGCUCACGAGCUUCGAGGGGAAUUUUAGCUAUGGCGAGGACGUGCGCUCCGAGGAUCACUUGAAAGAAACAAAGGCCUGUGGAUGUAAGGUUUGUUGCAUAUGAUGCACUAAAUGACUGCUUUGAGAAGAGGAGAGAAAAGGACACUGGAUCAAUAAGAGCACUAUUUCUGCACGUUCUUGUUGUUUGGAUAUAUACGUGUGUGUGUAUAUAUAAAGUACUGUGGUAGGCGAGAGGAGACUGACACCAAGCCCGAUCUUUCCCUGUGUGGAAUAGAGCUGAUAUGUGGUCUCAGCCAGGGGUACACUGUGCCCUCAUUGGGCUGUUUACCCUCUCCUUCGUCUUUUUUCCUUGUGGAAGAGCCACAGAGCCUUUCCAGUCCUUCUCCCCAUCAGAAUGGGGUUUGACCCACUUAGCCAUUCAUAACGCCACUGGUGAGGUGUAUGUCGGUGCUGUUAACUGGAUCUACAAGCUCUCGAGCAACCUGACCAUACUGAGGCACCACGUGACUGGCCCAGUAGUGGACAAUGAGAAGUGCUACCCUCCUCCAAGUGUCCAGUCCUGCCCCCAUGAGCUGGCUCAAACCAACAAUGUCAACAAGCUGCUGCUGGUGGAUUAUGGUCAGAACCGACUCAUAGCCUGUGGAAGCUCCUCGCAAGGCAUCUGCCAGUUUUUGCGCCUGGACGACCUCUUCAAACUGGGUGAGCCCCACCACCGCAAAGAGCACUAUCUCUCCAGCGUGGCAGAGUCAGGGACCAUGUCAGGGGUUAUCAUCUCGGAAGGUACACUCAGCAAGCUCUUCAUCGGCACUCCCAUUGACGGCAAAUCCGAAUACUUCCCGACCCUCUCGAGCCGCAAGCUAAUGGCCAACGAGGAGAACGCGGACAUGUUCAGCUUUGUCUACCAGGAUGAGUUUGUUUCCUCGCAGCUCAAGAUCCCUUCAGACACGCUGUCCAAGUUUCCAGCGUUCGACAUCUACUACAUCUACAGCUUUAGCAGUGAGCAGUUUGUGUACUACCUUACCCUGCAGCUGGACACCCAGCUGACCUCGCCAGACGCCAGCGGGGAGCAGUUCUUCACCUCCAAAAUCGUGCGGCUUUGCGUCGACGACCCGAAGUUCUACUCCUACGUGGAGUUCCCCAUCGGUUGUACCAAGGAUGGGGUGGAAUAUCGCCUGAUCCAGGACGCCUACCUGAGCAAGCCAGGCAGACAGUUGGCUAACUCUCUGGGGGUGUCUGAGAACGAGGACAUCCUGUUCACCGUCUUUUCUCAGGGCCAGAAAAACCGGGCCAAACCCCCGAAAGAGUCGGCGCUGUGCCUCUUCACACUGCGACGCAUUAAAGAGAAGAUCAAAGAGAGGAUCCAGUCCUGCUACAGAGGAGAAGGCAAAUUGUCUCUGCCUUGGCUUCUGAACAAGGAACUCGCAUGCAUCAACUCGCCUCUACAGAUUGAUGAUAAUUUCUGUGGGCAGGACUUCAACCAGCCUUUAGGCGGCACCAGCACCAUCGAGGGCGUUCCGCUCUUCAUAGAUAAGGAUGAUGGUAUGACGUCGGUGGCAGCCUAUGACUACCGUGGAAACACCGUGGUGUUCUCGGGCACACGCUCCGGCCGCCUGAAGAAGAUCCUGAUCAACUCGGUGAGCUCCUACAGACCAGCGCUUCUGUAUGAGAACGUGGUGGUGGGCGAGGGCAGCCCCAUCCUGAGAGAUCUGCUCUUCAGCCCUGACCAGCACUACAUCUACACACUGACCGACAAACAGGUGAAGCGUGUUCCUGUAGAGAGCUGCGAUCAGUACACGACGUGUUCCGAGUGUCUGGGUUCCAGAGAUCCUCACUGUGGCUGGUGUGUCCUGCUCAAUGUCUGCUCCCGUAAGGACCGAUGCGAGCGGGCAGAUGAACCCUGGCGUUUUGCCUCCAGAGUGGACCAGUGUGUCGACUUAACUGUUCAACCCAACAACAUCUCUGUGACCAUGUCCGAAGUCCAGUUGGUUCUCCAGGCACGGAAUGUUCCGGACCUGUCCGCAGGCGUGAACUGCUCCUUUGAAGACUACACCGAGACUGAAGCCUGGAUACAGGGAUCUCGUAUCUACUGCCUCUCCCCCAGCACUAAGGAGCUCAUCCCCAUCACACGCCACCAAGGUGAUAAACGUGUGGUGAAACUCUACCUGAAGUCAAAAGAAACAGGAAAGAAGUUUGCUAGUGUGGAUUUCGUGUUCUACAACUGCACUGUCCACAAAUCGUGCCUGUCGUGUGUGAACGGCUCCUUCCCAUGUCAUUGGUGCAAAUACCGUCACUUAUGCACACAGAAUGCGAACGAGUGCUCGUUCCAGGAAGGCCGGGUCAACAUGUCUGAGGAUUGUCCUCAGAUCCUGCCCUCGACUCAGAUCUACAUCCCGGUGGGAGUGACGAAGCCCAUCACUCUAGCUGCCCGGAACCUUCCGCAGCCGCAGUCAGGGCAAAGGAACUAUGAGUGUAUCUUCCACAUCCAGGGAGAGACCCACAGUGUCACGGCCCUGCGCUUCAACAGCUCCAGCAUCCAGUGCCAAAAAACAAUCUAUAGUUACGAGGGAAAUGACAUCAGCGACCUGCCAGUGGAUCUCUCGGUGGUUUGGAACGGGAACUUCGUCAUCGACAACCCCUACAAUAUAAAAGCUCACCUGUAUAAGUGCUACGCUCUGAGGGAGAGCUGUGGCAUGUGCUUGAAGGCAGACCCACGCUUCGAAUGUGGCUGGUGCGUGCAAGACAAGAAGUGCUCGCUUAGGCAGGAGUGCGCGUCACCCGAACACACGUGGAUGCACGCGUCAACCGGCAAUAGCCGCUGCACACACCCCCGCAUCACCAAGUUGUUUCCGGAGACGGGGCCACGCCAGGGAGGCACCCAGCUCACCAUCACGGGAGAGAACCUGGGCCUGCAGUUUCGCGACAUCCAGAACGGCAUCCGCAUCGGCAAGGUUGCCUGUCAGCCUAUCGAGGAAGAGUACAUCAGUGCUGAACAGAUUGUGUGUCGUGUAGCAGAUGCUACAGGCUAUCGGGUGCAGGAGGCUCAGGUGGAGGUGUGUGUGAGAGACUGCCAGCCUGAGUACAGAGCCGUCUCCCCGAAAGCCUUCACAUUCGUGUCUCCGUACUUCACACGGGUAGUGCCGUCCCGUGGUCCGUUCUCUGGUGGGACAAAGAUCACAAUCCACGGCAGCCACCUGAACGCCGGCAGCGCAGUGUCCGUCAAGAUCGGCCUCAACACCUGCCGCUUUGAGAGGCGCAGCGCGAGGGAGAUUGUGUGUGUAACUCCAGCGGGUUUGGCGAUUGGCGGCACUCCGGUGAUGGUGGACAUUAACUUCGCAGAGCUGAGGAACCCCGAGGUGAAGUUCAACUACACGGAUGACCCGACAAUAUUGAAGAUCGAACCCAACUGGAGCAUUACAAGCGGUGGGACUCCACUAACUGUCACUGGAACUAACCUUGCCACUGUGAGAGAGCCCAAGAUGAGAGCAAAGUCGGGAGCAAUCAAGUCUAUUAACAACUGUACGGUGGUCAAUAACACAGUGAUGGUGUGCCUGGCACCCUCAGUGGCAGGUUCAGACCCUGAGAGAAGUGUUUCGGAGGCGGGCACCAGUCCAGAUGAGAUCGGCUUUAUUAUGGAUAAUGUCCAGUCACUGCUGGUGGUCAAUGAGAGUUUCACCAACUACCCUGACCCUGUGUUUGAACCCCUCCCUCCUACCAUGCUGGAGCUCAAGCCAGGUUCACCUCUCAUUCUCAAGGGGAAGAACUUGAUCCCAGCGGCUCCUGGUAAUGCCAAGAUGAACUACACCGUGUUGAUAGGCGACGAGCCGUGUGUUUUGACCGUGUCGGAGACUCAGCUGCUGUGCGAAUGGCCUGACCUCACUGGCCAGCACAAAGUGACCGUGCGUGUUGGAGGGUUCGAGUACUCCCCUGGUACGCUGCAGAUCUAUUCGGACAGUCUGCUCACCCUGCCCGCCAUCAUCGGCAUCGGGGCCGGAGGAGGCCUGCUGCUGCUCAUCAUCAUCAUAGUCCUCAUCGCAUACAAGCGCAAGUCCCGCGACGCCGACCGCACACUCAAACGCCUGCAGCUGCAGAUGGACAACCUGGAGUCCAGAGUGGCAAUCGAGUGCAAGGAGGCGUUUGCUGAACUGCAGACCGAUAUCCACGAGCUGACUCAAGAGCUAGAUGGAGCAGGAAUUCCGUUCCUGGAUUACCGGACCUACGCUAUGAGAGUGCUCUUCCCUGGAAUCGAGGAUCAUCCUGUGUUGAAGGAGAUGGAGGUGCCGGCUAACGUGGAGAAGGCGCUGACGCUGUUCGGGCAGCUCCUGAACAAGAAGCACUUCUUGCUGACGUUUAUCCGCACACUGGAGGCCCAGCGCUCGUUCUCCAUGCGCGACAGAGGCAACGUGGCCUCGCUCAUCAUGAGUGCGCUGCAGGGGGAGAUGGAGUAUGCUACAGGAGUCCUCAAGCAGCUGCUGUCUGACCUCAUCGACAAAAACCUGGAGAGCAAGAACCACCCCAAACUGCUGCUCCGCAGGACGGAGUCUGUAGCAGAGAAAAUGCUGACAAACUGGUUCACCUUCCUCCUGUACAAGUUCCUGAAGGAGUGUGCAGGAGAGCCUCUCUUCAUGCUCUACUGUGCAAUGAAGCAGCAGAUGGAGAAAGGGCCGAUAGACGCCAUCACAGGAGAAGCGCGCUACUCUCUCAGUGAAGACAAACUGAUCAGACAGCAGAUUGACUAUAAGACCCUGACACUGCACUGCGUCAACCCAGAGAACGAGAAUGCAUCCGAGGUCACGGUCAAAUGCCUGAACUGUGACACCAUCACUCAGGUGAAGGAGAAACUGCUGGACGCAGUGUAUAAGGGCAGCCCGUACUCUCAGAGACCCAAGGCAGGAGACAUGGAUCUGGAAUGGCGUCAGGGCCGAAUGGCUAGAAUCAUUCUCCAGGACGAAGACGUCACCACCAAGAUCGAUAAUGACUGGAAACGCCUCAAUACACUUGCUCACUACCAGGUUACUGAUGGCUCAGUGAUGGCUCUGGUCCCUAAGCAGAACUCUGCUUAUAACAUCUCCAACUCCUCUACGUUUACCAAGUCCCUCAGCCGAUACGAGAGUAUGUUGAGGACAGCCAGUAGUCCUGACAGUCUGCGCUCGCGGACCCCCAUGAUCACUCCGGAUCUGGAGAGUGGAACCAAACUCUGGCAUCUGGUCAAGAACCACGACCACUCGGACCAGAGGGAGGGAGACCGCGGCAGCAAGAUGGUCUCUGAGAUCUACCUGACCCGCCUGCUCGCAACCAAGGGUACAUUACAGAAGUUUGUAGACGACCUGUUUGAGACCAUCUUCAGCACGGCCCAUAGAGGCAGCGCACUCCCUCUCGCUAUCAAAUACAUGUUCGACUUCCUGGAUGAGCAGGCUGACAAACACCAGAUAACAGACCCAGAUGUCAGGCACACGUGGAAAAGUAACUGUUUGCCAUUAAGGUUCUGGGUGAAUGUGAUAAAGAAUCCUCAGUUUGUCUUUGACAUCCAUAAGAACAGCAUCACAGACGCGUGUCUGUCUGUAGUAGCUCAGACCUUCAUGGACUCGUGUUCUACGUCAGAACACAAGCUGGGCAAAGACUCGCCCUCGAACAAGUUGCUCUACGCUAAAGACAUCCCUAACUACAAGAACUGGGUUGAGAGAUAUUAUUCUGAUAUCUCUCGGAUGCCAGCGAUCAGUGAUCAGGAUAUGAGUGCGUAUUUGGCCGAGCAGUCCCGCCUUCACCUGAGCCAGUUCAACAGCAUGAGCGCCCUGCAUGAGAUCUACUCCUAUAUCACCAAGUACAAAGAUGAAAUCCUGUGUGCGUUGGAGCGGGACGAGCAGGCGCGCAGGCAGAGGUUGAGGAGUAAGCUUGAGCAGGUGAUUGACACCAUGGCUCUGAGCAGCUGAUCAGGGCUCCGAGCAUUCAUGACACACAAACUGAAGUCACACACCCCCUCCGAAACACACACUGCAAAGAACUGGCGCAGUACACUGGAGCUACUACAGAGCUGGGCACACACUAUUCGUCUGUGUGAGUGUGUGUGUGUAUAUAUAUAUGUGUGUGUGUGUGUGUGUGUGUGUGUGUGUCUGUGUGAGUGUGUCAACACAAGGACACAUAACAGAAAGCAUUUUGAUUGUUGUCAUUGGUGUAUAACCUUUUGAAUAUUAUUUAGUUGUGAUUUGUGUGUGCUGGACCUCUUCACACAUAGAAACACACACACACUUUUGCUCAUAAUUUUUGAAGACUCAAGAAGGAUGAAUUCUGGGAUGCCUACACUCCAGCCAUGCUAUUGGUCAGGUGUUGUCACGACACACCCGAGAGUUCGCACAGAAGACAAAGGACAUUUCAAUUUAUGUGAUUAAUUUUUUUCUGUUGUUAAUUCUUAUUUUUAUGUUGUACAAAUGUAACGGACUGCCCUCUCUCUGCUCUCUUUUUGCCACUCGUGUUACUGCUGAAUUUGCACAGUUUACAGAAAAACAGUACAAAGGACAAAUCUUCAGAUUAUUAUAUAUGUAUAUAAAUACUGCUACAAUUUUCAGCCAAGUGAAAACUACCAUUGAGAUUUUUUUGCUAUCUUAUCACUGAAAAUAGAAUCGACAAAGACGAAUUAGAUAUUUAAGCAAAAGAAAAAAAAUUACAUAGGAAGGAAAAAAAACUUUAAAAAAAAAAAACUUAAAAAAAAAAAAAAGAA